AAGAGAACCACACUCUGGGGCCAGGACGAGGGGCGUGUUUCCUUCUCUUAUUUCCCUGCAUUUCUCCUCCGGGCUCAUUGUCACAGAGACACUCACCCUGAACGGCAGUUGGAUGGUGAAAGUGUCUCUGCGGAUCUGAGCCCUGCUGGACCCAGGAACCCCACGUCUUCCUGAAGCAUCUCCAGGGCCCAGGUGGCACUGUCCAUGGUGAGGACCCCAGACACUGGAGCUGAGGGAUGGGCUGGGGAUGAUGGAGACCCCACGGGGGAGGCUCUGACAGGGAAGGACGUGCCCUGGGCCACCUCACCUGCAAGGGGCAUCUCAGGAAGGCUCAGGACUACUUCCUGCUCCCUCCUGCAACUACAGCCAGGCCCUGGGUGACCCUGUUCCUAUCCUGGGCGGCAAACUUCCAUGACACCCGGUGACAGUGAGGGCGAGUCUCCCCGUGGCCACACUCUACGUGCUCGUGUGUGUUGAAGGCACCGAAGCCUCCUGCAUUGGCUCAGCUGGGUCCAGACAGAGGACACACCAUGACCCCCACCCCCACGGCCCUGCUCGUCCUCUGGCUGAGCGUGGGCCUAAGGACCAGAGUGCAGGCAGGAAAGCUCCCCAAACCUAUGCUUUGGGCUGAACCAGGACCUGUGAUCCCCUUGGGGAGCCCCGUGAACAUCACAUGUCGAGGGACUCCAGGGGCUGAGAUGUACCAUCUGUAUGAAGACGGAUACACGCGACUAUGGAAAACACAGAAGCCACCAAACCUCACAAACAAGGCCACAUUCUCCGUCACACAGAUGACAGAACAUGAUGCAGGGAGAUAUUACUGCUUCUAUCGCAGCCCCUCUGGCUGGUCAGAGCCCAGUGACAUUUUAAAGCUGGUGGUGACAGGACCCUACAGCAAACCCAGCCUCUCAGCCUUGCCCAGCCCUGUCGUGACCUCAGGAGGGAACGUGACCCUCCAGUGUGGCUCAGGGCAGGCAUUUGACAGUUUCAUUCUGACUAAAGAAGGAGAACACAGGCUCUCCUGGACCCUGGACUCACAACCACACACCACAGGGCAGUCCCAGGCCCUCUUCCCUGUGGGCCCCGUGACCCCCAGCCACAGGUGGACGUUCAGAUGCUACGGCUAUUACAGGAACAGCACCCAGAUGUGUUCACAGCCCAGUGACCCCCUGGAGCUCCUGGUCCGAGGUGAGUCCCAUUAUUGUCCCUUCCAUGGGUGGAAUCACUAGACAGGCUGUUGGCAUCUUUGCUGGGAGGGGAGCCCCAUGUGAGAGGGUGAGGUCAGGGGAGCAGUGGGAGUGUGUUAGGGGGCAC